ACCGCGUGAUCUGGCAGCCUGUGUCUGAAUGAUGAUAACUGACCGAGAGGGCCGCCUCUCAUUAAACUGGAAGAAGAAAGCCCACACAGUCCAUCUACUGACGGGUUGAUUUUUGUUGUUGUUGUUGCACAGCCAGUAACCUUUUUUAAAAGAUCAAAUUAUUUUCUAUAUGAGGCACUUGGCAGAUUUUGCUCAGUAAUCCGUCGCGGACUCGGAGGCGGUUGUCCUGAUGAAGUGUCGACAGAGGGAGGAGGAAACCAAAGAGAGGAAGGAAGCGAGGAUAACGUCACGAGAAGCAGAAUCGGAGUAAAAACGGUCUGAGUGGGGUUUAAUGGACAGUCCUUGAUGCGGGCCGGGGACCGAGCUGUGGCGAAUUUGUGUUUGUUUACGUCGUAUCGGACAAAUAUGUUUUUGUCGACUCGUCGGGCGUGAAAAGGGCCAACGCACGUCGGAGAGGAAACGCAACCCAGCAGCAGCCGAUUUCAUCUUUUUAGGAGCUCCUCUAUAAAGCAGGGAAAUGGAGAUGUGUGUAGCCCUCCUGCGUUUGCCUGUUUGCUGAAGGAUUCGGAAGCAGCCUCAUCGUGACACACGGAGCUUUGAGUGGAUCUCCUCUGCAUCUCCCCCCUUUUUUUAAAUGAGUGGAAAAGACAUAUAGUCAAAAAAAAACAACAACCCUCCGCUGGAUUUUGAGGACGCUGCUUUCAGUUUUUCUUUUUUUGUUACGACAGACAAAAGCAGCAAAAUCAUCGGGAGAAUUAACAGGUGACCGCUUGGACAAAUCCAAAAUGAGUGAGCUGGAGCAGCUUCGCCAGGAGGCCGAGCAGCUUAGGAACCAGAUAAGGGAUGCCAGGAAAGCAUGUGGAGAUUCAACCCUGACACAGAUAACUGCUGGUCUGGAUCCUGUGGGUCGGAUUCAGAUGCGCACGAGACGCACCCUCCGGGGCCACCUCGCUAAGAUCUAUGCCAUGCACUGGGGUACAGACUCAAGGCUUCUGGUUAGUGCCUCUCAAGAUGGAAAACUGAUCGUCUGGGACAGCUACACCACUAACAAGAUACACGCCAUCCCCCUGCGCUCCUCCUGGGUGAUGACCUGUGCGUACGCCCCUUCUGGGAACUACGUAGCCUGCGGAGGCCUCGACAACAUCUGCUCCAUCUACUGCUUGAAGACUCGCGAGGGCAACGUCAGGGUCAGCAGGGAACUACCUGGCCAUACAGGUUACCUGUCAUGUUGCCGUUUCAUUGAUGACAAUCAAAUCAUCACGAGUUCAGGAGACACCACAUGUGCACUGUGGGACAUUGAGACGAGUCAGCAGACCACGGUUUUCUCGGGCCACAGCGGCGAUGUCAUGAGUCUUUCCCUGUCGCCCGACCUCCGCACCUUUGUGUCGGGAGCCUGUGACGCCUCAGUCAAACUGUGGGACAUCAGGGACAGCAUGUGCCGGCAGACCUUCACAGGCCACGAGUCAGACAUCAACGCCAUCUGUUUCUUUCCCAAUGGCAGCGCCUUCGCCACAGGCUCUGACGACGCCACCUGCAGGCUGUUUGACCUGCGUGCAGACCAGGAGCUCAGCCUCUACUGCCAUGACAACAUCAUCUGCGGUAUCACCUCCGUGGCUUUCUCACGCUCCGGUCGCUUGCUGCUGGCUGGUUAUGAUGACUUUAACUGCAACAUCUGGGACGCCAUGAAGGGAGACAGAGCAGGAGUCCUGGCCGGCCAUGACAAUCGUGUGAGCUGUCUGGGUGUGACGGAUGACGGCAUGGCGGUGUCCACCGGGUCCUGGGACAGCUUCCUUAAGAUCUGGAACUGAGCCAUGCACAUAAACCGCAAACACACACACACACACACACACACACACACACACACACCCCUUGGGCCACAGUUUGCACCCUGUAUUCACUGUAUGUAAGACUCAACAGACAAACUGCAACAUUGUACUGUACAUAAUAUAUAUGACUUAGAUAUGAGUUUAUACACACACACACACACACACACACACCACUGUAUAUGCAGGACAAGACAACAGAAGCCCUGAACACAUGCCCACACUACUUACAGCUGAUUUAAGUGCACAGCAGCAAGGCUACAGUACCUACAUACCCCCCCCCCCAACACACACACACACACACACACACAGAUGAUCUUAAAAAUGUGACCAAAUACAGUUGGAUCUUCGGCUGCUCAAAUAAAAACACAAAUGCCACUAUGACCUGAAGCCUUUUAACGCGUCUAACACACACAUUCACGCACACGCGCACAUACACAUACACAUACACAUACACACACUUUUUCCUGAGAGACACUGGUCCUCGAGUUAAACAGGGGGAGAAGACGUUAUUGGACAAUUCUGUCUUUGUUUACAAUGAAGUCAAAAAUGCACUUCAGACAAAGUUUCUGUGCUAUUUUUGUCUCGGUACCACACGUAUCUCAGUGAUGCUAAUGUGAAGGAACAACGGCCGUGGAAGAGAAUCAUGAAAGUCCAUUAACGCUGAAAGAAAAUAACCACUGACAGACAGGGUGGGCCGAUGAUCGACAGAGUCCAAGGAAAAUGUCAACUCUUAUUUUCAUCCUGCUCAAAACAUCAUGUAGUCGCUGUUUUUAUAGAUAUGUACCCCCACAUACAGUACAGUUCAUCUGUUCAAGUUUUUGUUCAUUUUUUUUUUACACUUAUUUUAUUCAUGUUCUCCCUGUGUGCCUCAGAUACACUUUAAGGAUUAUUAAUAGAGAAUAUUCAUGAAGUUAAAUUAACAAAAAAAAAUGUAAACAGAUCUGAGAUUCAGAAUGUGGAUGAAAAAUAAAAGCAUUAUAAGACAUCUUAAUAGAGCAGGAGCCAGUAUUCAUACUUUGACUUUGUCAAUGUAUUAUCUGGACAUUAUGAUGGUAUAAUUGUACAUAAUAUUAAUAAAUUAUAGCCUCUCCUGCCA